AGCAAAGCCUCGCUUUGUUUAGUAACAUUUACGCAAUAAAUAAAUAUUUAAUUGUUAUAUUAUGUGCGCAUUAUGUGUGUGUUAAAUGAAGUUAGUAAUAUCUAUAUGUUGCAAUAUUUGGUACUGCCACAGUCUGACUAAACCUCCACAACUGAUCAGAAGUUCGAAGCGCAAUUUCAGUUAUUGAACGAACACAAUUCGAUAAUCAUGUGCAAACUGCCGUUGACAUUUUUAUUACUAAUAAUCGUGGUUAUUUCACUGCCAAUAAACGGUAAUUUAAAUGAAUAUUCAAAAGUACCGAAAAAUCAACUGAGUUUGUCAGAUAUAUUGCAAUACAACACCAUACUUUUCCCACUGACUACCGUAAGCAAAGCCGAACUAGUGGGCGAGCAAUGUCACGCGCGACUGCAGGAUCUGCGACGCGGCAUUUUGGAGCGCGACUUUUGGGCGCUUAAAGCACUUGACGCCUCUGGCAAAAUAUCGCCCGCUUUCAUGCUCGGCGAUAAUUUAUGGCUGGGUAACGGUCAGCUGUGCGAGGCAGCACGGAGCGGACUUAACUUGGAUAUUUCCCGCUAUGUGACGCACAAAAUGAAUAUGUCUCUGCUAACGGAAAAAGCGCCUUUUGAUGUGGACUAUCGCGUCAUUUAUGCAGCCCAUAAUUCUUCGUAUCAAGCAGACGUCGUGUAUGGGCAACCGCGGCUCCUAUUACACAUCGGUUUGUGCGUGCCGACCGAAUGCAACUCCCAAGAGUUGAUACAGUUGGUCACCGCAUAUUUUGAAAGUGAGAUGUUUCAAAGUCUUGAUCUUCAUAUGAUCAAACCGCGUGUGCUAAAUGUGAAGACAAUGGCGUUUAAGGCGGUGGAUUUUUAUAAAAUGAUUGCAUUCAAAUUAGUCGUAGCUUUUGUCGCUUACACACUGUUUAUGACUUUAUUUGCUUAUUAUUUGCGCAGAAGACUCUUAUCAAGCACAAAUGCUCACAUAAAACCGAGCUCGUUUCAGGCAUUUGUUCUUUGUUAUGAUCUCCAAUUAAAUUGUUCGAAGAUACUCGCACCGCCCGAUACCGCGUUCAAUACAUUUGCGUUCUUAAAUGGUGGACGCAUUGAGGGCUCUCUUAUUUCCACAUUUUUUCAUACUUUCAUAUUGUUGAAAGCCAUUGUCAGCAAUCCGACACAGCUUUUCACUUAUGUGAGCCGCAUUGGAAAUAUGGAAGUGGCCAUGGAUGUGUUUUUACUAAUCAGUGGAUUUCUACAGGCCUAUACCUAUCUACGAAAUCAAAGCCAAUUAGAAAGAAUAAGACGAUUAAACUUCUCUCGAAGCGUUUGGGAAAUCGUGAAACUGACAUUUCAUCGUUAUCUCAGAUUGGCACCGCUCUACUAUUUUAUGUUAUGUAUUAGCUAUUUAACGCUGAAAUAUAACGACAGUACAACCGUGUUUAAUUUAUCGGGUUUUAUAACGGAAAAGUGUGAACAAUACUGGUGGCGCAAUGUGCUCUUCAUUCACAAUUUAUACGAUCACAAGGACAUGUGCUUGAUAUGGACCUGGUUUUUGUCUUGCGAAAUGCAAUUUGCGAUCACCUUGACAGUACUCUUGGUUUUAUAUGCUAAACAUCCUAAAUAUGCUAAGAUUUUUGUAUUGCUGCUACUAAUAGCAUCUUUGGCAUGCCAAACAAUCGUGGCCUUGCAAGUGAACUUUCAGAUAUCUUUGGAGACCACAUUCGCUAACUUUACCCAGUUCUAUGCGAAUCCACUCGUACGAAUUUUUCCAUAUCUCGGCGGUGCUCUCACUUGUUGGCUAUACCUCGAAUAUAAUGCACAGCUUCAAUCUUAUAAGCUUUUAACAAAUUUCUACAGUCAACUCAUUCAUUUAGUAUUUAUGAUUUGUAUGCGGACCGCCCCAUUGGGGCGUGGCUAUUCAGUGCAUGUGGAGACCUUUAUAUUUGUACUACAACGUUGUCUUUAUACUCUGAGCGGCUGUUGGUCCAUUAUUGCUAUAGCAAAUAAUCGCCUCCGUUGGUAUGGUCGUUUUUUGAGUGCGAAAAUCUUCCAAAAAGCAAUUCAUGUGUCCUAUGCCCUGUCGUUGCUGAAUUCUUUGGUUAUUAUUUGUCUUUUUACUGCGGGCAGUAAGUUGGUGUUUGUGGAACCGAUCCGAAUGUGUGUGCUAUACAUCGGACUUAUCAUUAUUUUGCAUAUAUUAUCGUUCCCGUUGACUGUACUUUUUGAAAUGCCUUAUCGUAAUAUUUCCAGUUUAUUGACAAAGCGAGGCCUAGCGAAGCGAGCGAAGUCAUCAUAACAUAGUUAAAUGACAGUAUCUACAAAUAUGUAAAUUUUGAUACAAUAAAAAAAAAUUAAAAUGAAAACAGUGCUUUCUGUCAA